GCGAGCGAGCCAGUUGUUUUGAGAGGAGAAGAAGAAAAGGGCUACAAGCGGAAGAAACACCGGAUUUGGUUUCGGAUAUUAUUCGUUUUAUGGUCCUGGUUUAGUUUUUUUAAAAAUAUAUAUAUAUAUAUAUAAAUACACUUUGAAUAAUGUCGACCCCGGCGAGGAGACGGCUAAUGAGAGAUUUUAAAAGACUUCAAGAAGAUCCUCCCACCGGUGUGAGUGGAGCGCCAUCAGAGAACAACAUCAUGCUUUGGAACGCUGUUAUUUUUGGGCCUGUGGGAACACCGUUUGAAGAUGGAACAUUUAAGCUUCUGAUAGAGUUUUCUGAGGAGUACCCAAACAAGCCUCCCACAGUUCGGUUUGUCUCCAGAAUGUUUCACCCAAAUGUUUACGCAGAUGGCAGUAUAUGUUUAGACAUCCUUCAGAACCGCUGGAGCCCCACGUACGAUGUGUCGUCCAUACUCACCUCCAUCCAGUCGUUGCUGGACGAGCCAAACCCCAACAGCCCAGCCAACAGUCAGGCCGCACAGCUCUAUCAGGAAAACAAGAGGGAGUACGAGAAGAGGGUGACGGCUAUUGUGGAGCAGAGCUGGGUGGAUGUCUAAGCUUCUCUUGCUCUCUACCCCUUCCUCUCCAUCACCCACUCUUCAUCACCCCAGUACUUCAGUCUUUCAUUUUUACCUCAUCAAGAAAAAACAGCAACUAUAUCAGAAAAAACUCAAGUGCCACCCUGAAAAAAAACAAAAACAAAACCAGAAUGGACAUUUACUUGCUUGCCAAUACAUUUGAGGAAAACAAGGGAGGGGAGUGUUUCUUGUCCUUAAUUUUACUUUUUUUUUAUUGCAUGAUGUGAAAUAAGUUAUUGCUAACAGAAUUUGUAAUAUAUCUUUGUUGUUUGGUUGGAUUGAUGCUGUUGAGUUUUACAGAUUUGUUUGUUGUUUUUUUUUUCCCCUUUGGAAGUGUUUUUUUUUUUUUUUUUUUGUAAUGUCUACUGGUGUGCACACAACUUGGCUGUUUGGAAAGGGCAGGUUGAUGACCAAAUCAGCAUAUUUUGAAUGUCAUGGGAGAAUAACGGCUUUCAGAGUCUGUCGUUAUUCUUCAAGUCAGCCACAUAUGCAGCUGAUAAAGAACAAUCUCCGAUCUGUUCCAGCAUAUCUCUGUUAUUUUAAGAGACACUGUAGGUUUGGGCUCACAGACGUCACAGGCUGCAGUAACGCCAAGUCUCCCAUGCACUGAUGAAUCAUGACUCCCUGGCUACUAGGCUUCUCUGAGCUUUUAUUUUGAUCAUUUCUGCUCCAUGGUAGAAGAUGAUUUUUGGAGAGGGAGAGUUAUGAGAAAGUAAAUAUUAACACCAGGAUGGGACAGGACUGUGGGAAUCCUGGCUGAAUUAAGGAAGUUCUUUACUCGUUUCAAUCAGUUUCCUGAAGUCAGCUUCUUUUCACUGUUUAUCACUUAUCCCAGUGUUUAAUUGUUAUCACAAGGUAUGUAGCGCACAGGAGCCCCUGAGUUCAGGAAUUUAAGUGCUUGUACUUUCUUGAAUUGUGGUGCCAUAUCUUUUUUUUUUUUAUUAUGGUUCAUUCAAUGCUAACGGACCAAAGGUAGCAAGUAGAAACCUGGGGAAGGUUCAACUAUAAUCAGUAGUUGGUAAAACUUCAUGUACUUCUACAUCAUGUUCUCUGUUCCGCACAUUUUCCUUAAUACAUUUUUCGUUCACUUCAUAAUUUAACUCUCAACACUGCGUUUUAAAAAUGAGUUCUGAGAACUGUUCUCAGCUCCCUCUCCUGACAGCUCAUCUUAGCUUUGUGCCCACAUGGUUUUCUAAUUUCACUCGCCACAGAAAGUACACACUUUUAUUUUUUUAAUGCUUUUGUUGCCUGUGACGCGUGUGAGCGUGAAUGAAGUGUCAGUGCUUUUGAUCCUUCUCUUAAAAUGACACAGCUGACAUAUAAAUUAACAAAUGAGCCGAGGAUAAAAGCAGUGCAGUCCAGUGCAUAUAUUUUUUUUCUUUUUUUUGUUGCUCUAAACGGGAGCAGUUGGAAGAUGAUUGAGAGCACAAACUGCUGCAGGGAAGACACUCGCAUGCAGUUUGAACCCUGUUUCAACAGUGUGACAUCAGCUGUCUCCCCCCCCCCCCCAAAGGCUUAAGUUGUUUUCAUGCCUGCGUUUGUCUCUGUUUUAUUUGUAUGCGAUACCCAAUUAAAAGACAACUUGAGUAUAGAUUCAUGACUUAACCCUGCCCAACUCCAGCUAAAUAAUCCAUGGAAGACAGUCAUCAUAAAACAAGAGUUCUUUUUUGAGACAGUAAAGGUCAUAUUGUGGCUAGUGACUUAUUUCACCUAAAAAAACAGAAGGGAUAUGUUAUAAAAUUUUGUGAAUUAAACAAAAAAAAUGUAUACUUAUAACAAUAUGCUGUAUAAACAUAAUAAAACACAUUUUUCAGACUUUGA